ACCAGACUAUCAGUUCGACUAACUUGGCUCUCGAUUACCGGUGAGUUUUGAGCCCUUUGAAAGGGAAAUACAACAAUAUUGCUAUGUAUAUAAACAUGUAGUGUUACCUAGAUGUCACUCUUACAAGCUCGAAAUGUAGACAAGAAAUGAAAUUGUGGUUGUAAAUAUUGUACGGUGUAGAAAGGAAGGUGCGGUGAAGCUUCCUCAGCUACUUCCAUUAUAUGAUAGAGGUAGAGCCUAUCCGUUUGGAGAUAACCCGUGACGGCCACUUGUAAUUUGCGACAUGAUUUGUUUUGUCGUCAGCUUCCCUCGCCCACGUCUGUGCAUGUUCUGUUGUACUAAGGAAAAUGUCGGAUCCUUAGCUAAGGGACGACAAAAACGAAAGUUACAGUUUAAUUAGUUGCAGAUCAAAUGAGAGUUCAAUGAACAAUAUUUCCCGGCCCGUGGAAGGAAACUUGAUGAUAAUAAGAUCAUGACACACACAGAUUUACGCGGCGGUAGCGACGACAGCGAUGAAGAGGGCAGAUCUGUGUGUUUCUGGUGGAAAUCCGCGGGAGAAUUGGAGUACGAGAAGUUGAGAUUUGAUACGAUGAGCAAUGCGCCGAAGGUUAGUCCGAGGAUCAGACUGCUUAGGGAGCUGGAGAGGUUGGGCCUACUUUCGUCGGAAACUCUUAACGAAAUCCGCCACAAGCUUCAUUCCUAUCGUCCCGGCGAUUUCUGGGUGCCCACCGGAGGAAUCACCAAAGAAGAUCUGGAAAUCCCCGCCGUCAACACCCUCCUCUUGCUCGGAUUUCACAACGCCGGCAAAACCUCCCUCGUCAAUCUCAUGUACCGUGUUUUCGCUCGCUCUGGCCUUCUCCAUUUCGCUCAAACUUCUUCUUCAUCAACAGGAACUAAUUCAUCUACCUCAAAAAGCUGUUUGUUCAUGGAAGAACACAACGUUCUGAGAUCAACGCAGAGCGGGUUUUGCGUGUACGACACUCAAGGCUUUCGGUACAACCAAGUGGAAGCAGCUCUGGAAGAGGUAACUGACUGGAUGACCAACGGCGUUCACCACAAGAAACUCUGCUUGUUGCCCGGAGACGACGCCGGCCAAGAAUCACCGGCCGGCUCAAUAUUCGCUACUAGAGACGUAAAUUACGCCAUGGUGGUCGCAAACGCUUGGGAGAUCUACACCUCUCUGAACCUCGGCGACACAACGCCACUGGAGGCGCUGAAGAAACUCUUCCACUUACCGGCUCUCAGAAACUCCGGCGAGAAUCCUCUUCUCAUCCUAACACACGGGGACAAGUUAUCCACCGACGACCGCAUCGACAGCCGCCUGAAAAUAUGCGAAUUCCUCGGAGUUUCAGAAGUUAGCGGAGCGUACGAUGUAGUUUGCGUGACGGAGAACGGAUAUCUCACAGAUGAAUAUGAUCCAAUCUCGAGUUAUUCUGUGAGCGAAGCGGUUUACAGAGGACUAAUCAUCUCCGACAAAGGACAUCUGCCUAAAAGAAGGUUCUUGGAUUGGGCAUACCUCGUAUUCGUUUGCCUUAUGUCCGCUUUUGCUGCUAUAUUUAGCUUUCUAGCCCGCAUUUGUGAUUAUUUUGUCCCCAAAAAUAAAUUAAAAUCCUCCAAAAAAUUACUCUGAUCUAACUUGCCUUGCUUGUUUUAGGCAGGUAUAUGUAGGUAGCUUAAUUCAUCCACCAUGAUUUUAAUUUGUCAUUUAGCUUAUUAGCACAUGUGACAUAUAUGCAAUAAAAGUCAAUAAUGUAUGACUUGUAGGGUCAAUUAAUGUGAUGUGAUGUUAUGUAACUCCUUAAUAAAAAUAAAUUAUUGUGACUUA